AUGAACUCGACCAAGCUGUCUAGCACCCUGCUAGGACUCCAGUCGAAGUCCACGAUGAUAUCAAAUCAGUCCGGUGCGCGAACCUCUACCGAGACUUUCAAUCCUUCGAGCGAGAGUGGUACGCAGACCUCUAUCGAUACGUCCAUAGCUCCACCUGUGCGAGUCUCAACGGGCCGAGUGGAUUCGCAGGUCGAGGAGCCAGCUAUCACUGGUCGUGCGGACACAGGAACUGUGAUAUCUCCAAAGCCAGAUAUCUUGGAACCGCGCAUAGCCCCUUCGGAGAAUGCGAAAUGUGCGACACUCGAGUCGCAGAGGAGCAAUACGACGACAAAUCCACGCCCUCACACUCCGCGAAUGCCUCCUGAGUUCCGCGCAGAUACUAGAUGCUCUUCGUCACUCGUCAAAGCUGCUCUUGCUGCAGGUAUGCCGCCAGCGUCCACGUCUGACCCAGUGUGGCAUAAGGGCAGCAAAUUCAGCAGCGGUACCCAAGCCUCGCCGCCUGGAAAGCGUCAGAGCCUGACAAAUCGACCACACCCGCUGCUGUGGCGGGACCAGUUCAUCGAACAGGCCGGCUCAUAUUGGUACUUUACCAUUUUGCGCUCCCUUCAGCUGACUUCACGCCUCCUGAUGAUGGAUGCAGUAACGAAGCAUAUCGUUGUGAUGGUGGACGGGGAGCUCAGGCGCGACACCAAAGCUGGAGAAGGAGGCAGCGUCAAGACUGAUCUCGCUGAGUUGGCUGGCAUGAAGGACGACCAAGGGCAGCCGUUGCACCCAAACGUUGCUCGAUACCCCAAGCCAGGCCAGGAGAUGGUGGACGAUUCUAUGAGAGCACGGGCUGCUCAGAUAUUGAUGGAAUUGAGACCUUUGGUCCGCUUCCGUAUUGAUGACAUCCGCAUUGAUGACAUGACUGACGGCACAUGUCUUGGUACGACGAGAUCUGCUUCUCGGUGUUGGGCUGAGUACUUUCCUCCCGAUGGUAUUCCUCCCAAUGCGAGCAUCAUUACGAUCAAUGGGAGUAUCUUUGAUAACGUAGCGGGUUACUGUACUUCCAGCGAGCGAAACCAUACAUCUUGUGGUGGUUGGGACUUGCAGAUUGAAGAGGUCAUCUUUGCUACUACCAUGUUCCACGAGAUUUUUCACGCUCUGGACCGCGCGUUUAAUCGCCCUCACUUGGCUGGAGUUGUCGAGACAUUCUUUGGAGAUUGUGUACUGGCCGAGUGUGGUUUUGCCGCUACAGCUGCGGUUUUUGAUGGCAUUCCAGUGAAGGGUACACCACAAGGCCGCUCCGAGUCCAGGUUGGGGAAAUAUCGGCGUGUACUCGACUAUUACGAGGCCCCGGACCCAUCGAAAGGCUAUGCAGGGAACUUCCUCAAAUUGGAGCCUUGGCCCUCCAAAUGCUUUGCAGAGUGGUAUGAAGACAAAAUCCCCUCGAUUAAGAGAGAUGCUUCGACGCUGCUCGAUAAAGGAUGCUACAUUGUCUCAAUGUCGUUCGUGGAAGAUAUCUUCACGGAUGAGUAUUGGAAUGUUGAGGUACCCAAGCUUGGCCAGUCGCCGCUUCGAGUGCCAAAAGUAUCAUAUCUACCAAUCAAGCGGGAGACAAAGGCUUUGGCCAAGGCACUGAGAUUGUCGGAAGAGCUGGCCAGGAUGGUAUUGUCGGAAGAGCUGGCCUGGAGGAUAGUACUGUCGAAAGUUGAUGAGUCGCAGAGUCCGAGCGAGCCGGUAGGCAGUCAAAAUUCUGGCUAG